AUGCCCCAUAAUCCGGACCCGUCUCCCAAAAACUCCACAUCUUCAGCUACCGAUCGACUGUGGCAAAUUCUAGUCAUCAGGGCAAACAACUGGCAAUAUCUACAUGCUGAAAGUAGCUGGCGACCUACUAUCACCCUAACGCUCGACUCUCUGCCUUCGUCGUCAGGAUACAAGCAUGACGUCCUCCUCGGCACGGAUGGCCAAAACCCCAACCUCCGCCUCUCCGCACUGUUGCCACCAGAGGUCGCUCCGCACUCGACUUUGGUGAUUGGUAUGCACUACCAACCUUCCGCGAAACGUAAAGGCAAAUCCCGCAAACGACGACGUCGAUUCGGCGAAGCACGACUCUCGCUCGAGGCGGCGCUAAGACAACAGACGGAAACGGCCGAGGGAGUCUGCGAAGUGAAGAUACCGAUCGAAUUUGCGGAGCAGAAGAGGAAGGGUUCGGCUUUGGCGAAGUUGCCGAGCGUCUUGCUGAGGGUGCGCGCGCCAGAGGGACGUGCGGAGAUAUAUUCCGACGCGGGUGGAACCCUGGUCGAUUCCUGUGAUGGGGACACUCACAGCACUACUUCCGGCACGGUGGUCUCUGAUGAAGUCCUCGUAUCUUCAUCGCGAGAGAUAUCGCCAGCAUCCAAUUCACGGCUUCACGGGCACAAGGCUUCCAAGGGAUUUCUUCCCUACGACACAUCAUCAAGCUCAACAUCUCAUACUGUUGUCGAGGAUGAUGACGAACCCGAAUCCUCGCCAUCCACCCUCCCUCGGACCUCUGGUCCGCGCUCGCAAUCUACACACGACACUCAUCAACCCGAGACAAACACUGUUGAAGGCACAUCCCGUUCCGACGGACCAUCCAUCCUACGCACUCUGAGGACCUUGUAUGAUGCGGUUACCUACCAUCGUGAACUAUGCGAGGCCACGAACGACGCGCAGAGGGAGGAUCUGCUGAGCAAAUUGAUACGGGAGUGGCAAUGGGUCGGCGGCGCACUGUUGGCAAUCGUAGCUCUUGACACAACCGUCUUCGGCUUCAACUCCGGUACACUCUUCGGUGUAGACGGCUUUGCCCGUCGCGCGCUCACCAUCUCCGCCAUUUCCUCCGCACUUGGUCUUGCCGUUGACGCCGUUUUACUAGUCUCUUACUUUGGCGCAACUGCCGAACGGCUUCGGAUCUCAUCGCGAUCGUUACACCAUUCGCAGUUCUACUUCGCACUCACGUCUCGUCUACCGCUUGUUGCAACCUUGAUAUCUAUUCUGGCUCUCGCAGCCUUCUUACUUGCAGUUGCCUACACGGCCUGGCCAUCCGCAGUACUCGUCAUAUCCGGUCUGGCUGGUAUACUGCUCGGCUUACAGUACGUUGUGAGAGCAGGUGAACUCCUCGGCCAAACGCUUGCAUACGGUGUGCUCGAGAUGCGCGAUCUCCUACGAACCUCCCGCAACAUCACACGGACGGAUACCGAGAUGCAUCCCCCUAUGGUGCCGGACAUUGACCUUCCGAUGUCGGGUGUAUCUGUCCAUACUGCACCAGAUAGAGCAGGCGGCCGUUCAACUCGACCGUCUCGCGCGUCGUCAGAUCGUCGAACGUCGAACGGGGGACGUUACCAGAGGCGGCGAUGA